AUGACGACCCCUGAAGAAAAAAUCGACCCCAAAGAUCUUUCGAAAGAUCGAGUGCUCCAGAUGACGACAUCAGAAGAAAAGAUCGAUCCCAAGGAUCAUCUGAAAGAUCAAGUGUUCCUCAUGAUGACCCUGGAAGAAGAAACCGAUCCAAAAGAUCGUCUGAAAGAUCAAGUGUUCCACAUGACGACCUUGGAAGAAGAAACUGAUCCCAAAGAUCGUUUGAAAGAUCAAGUGUUCCACAUGACGACCCCAGAAGAAACAACCGAUCCUAAAGAUCAAGUGUUCCAGAUGACGAUCCCGAAAGAACAAACCGAUCCGAAAGAUCGAGUGUUCCAUGAGACAACCCCCGAAGAAAAAACUGAUCCCAAAGAUCGUUGGAAAGAUCGACUGUUUCAGAUGACGACCCCCGAAGAAAAAAUUGAUCACAAAGAUCGUUGGAAAGAUCGAUUGUUGCACAUGACGAUCCCCGAAGAAAAAAUUGAUGCGAAAGAUCGUUCCAAAGAUCGAAAGUUCCACUUCCACAUGGCAACCCCCGAAGAAAAAAAUGAUGCCAAAGAUCGUCCCAAAGAUCGAAUGUUCCACAAGACGACCCCCGAAGAAAAAAUUGAUUCCAAAGAUCGUUGGAAAGAUCGAUUGUUCCACAUGAUGACCCCCGAAGAAAAAAUUGAUGCCAAAGAUCGUCGGAAAGAUCGAGGGUUCCACAUGACGACCCCCGAAGAAAAAAUUGAUGCCAAAGAUCGUCCGAAGGAUCGAGUGUUCCACAUAAUGCCCAUUGAAGAAAAAAUUGAUGCUAAAGAUCGUCGGAAAGAUCGAGGGUUCCAUGUGACGACCCUUGAAGAAAAAAUUGAUGCCAAAGAUCAUUCGAAAGAUCAAGUGUCUCACGUGAUGGCCUCCAAAGAAAAAAUUGAUGCCAAAGAUCAUCGGAAAGAUCGAGGGUUCCAUGUGACGAUCCCCGAAGAAAAAAUUGAAAUUGAUGCCAAAGAUCGUCCGAAAGAUCGAGUGUCCCAUGUGAUGGCCUCCGAAGAAAGAAUUGAUGCCAAAGAUCGUCGGAAAGAUCGAUGGUUCCAUGUGACGACCCCCGAAGAAAAAAAUGAUGCCAAACAUUGUUCGAAAGAUCGAGUGCCCCACAUGACGACCCCUGAAGAAAAAAAUGAUGCCAAAGGUCGUCGGAAAGAUCGAGUGUUCCACGUGACGACCUCGGAAGAGAAAAUUGAUGCCAAAGAUCGUCGGAAAGAUCGAGUGUUCCAUGUGACGAAUCACGAAGAUAAAAAUGAUAACAAAGGUCGUUCGAAAGAUCGAGUGUCCCACAUGAUGACCCCCGAAGAAAAAACCAAUCUGAAAGAUCAAGUGUUCCCGAUGACAACCCCUGAAGAAAAAACCGAUCACAAAGAUCAUCAAGACUGCAAUUGUGUCUAUAGUUAUAGGGAGAUGAUGAACAUUCAAUUCUUGAGAUCAUUAUGA